CUGAUUAAAGCCCUGGACAGUUUAGCCCAAUAAGAUACGAUGUCUGUUUGAGAUUGUACUGUGAUCACUGUGGCUCAUAGGAUACCAACUGUGAUGGAUUGCACUAUGGUACUUGCCAUCAGUGAGGGAAAACUAGUAGAGUACGACGAGCCAAUGAAGUUGAUGAGUAGAAGGUUCGCUGUUUGGGCGGCUUGUCAAGGAAUACUGGUUUCAUUUCCACUCUGCAGAAAUUAUUUCGUCCACAAGUUUAUUUCCUUUUUGCUAGGAAAAGGUAGAGAAGCGUGAGGCUCCUACUCCAUCAGAAAUUUAAACAUUACGGCCAUCGCCUAUCUACAAUGUAAAAACAUUACACCAACUUGGUUUUCCAGUAAAACUAUUUAGAAGCAGCAGUUAAACUUCGAUAACGAUUCACUUGCUCAGAGAGGCCUACCAAGAGAUUGAUAGUGUUACUGCUCAUAUUGCCCAGGAAUCAUGCAUACAACAUUUCUGGCUUCUGAUAUAAAAAGCCAAAUGAAAAUAAGUUACUUAAAACUCAGUGUUCAAAUUGUUCACAAUCCAAACCCCGAAUAAUCCAAAUCUCGAAUAAUCAUGUCACUCACAGUGGUAUGAUUAGUGAUAACAUAAGCGUGAUUGGUAUUUUGAACUAAUCACGCCAUUGGCGCUCGAAAAAUCAGUCGACCCAAAUAUUAGAUGGCAAGCGACUGAGAGGGUCCGUAUACACUAAGAAUGAAUGCUUUGGGUGUGUCGCAUAUCAAUCCACAGCAAUUCGUGAAAGCCGUCGCGAAGGCUCUUUCCCGCUACAUCUCAACUGCCAAACAACCACUAAACGUACUUCUAUCAGUACAAAAACCCCAAAUUGCCCUACGGAAGAGUUUUCUCUCUCAAGUCUUCUGUAGUGAAAUAUUGGACCAGUACCCAGAUAUCAAAACAUUGAAAGUACUCCACGCCAAGAUUUUCAUUGAUCAAUAUCUCUGCUGUGACCCAUCUCUCGGCAUCAAAUUGAUGAGAGCCUAUGCUGCCUGUGGUGAACCUGGUAUUGCACGCCAUAUAUUCGAUGAAAUUACUGACAAGAAUGUGGUUUUCUUCAACGUAAUGAUCAGAAGCUAUAUGAACAAUCGUUUCUACCGUGAUGCUCUGCUUGUUUACAAAACCAUGUCUAGCCAUGGAGUAGAUGCUGAUAACUACACUUACCCCUGUGUCUUAAAGGCGUGUUCAGGAUCUGAUUAUUUGUGGGUCGGUCUUCAAAUCCAUGGAGCCGUUGUGAAAGUUGGGCUUGACUUGAAUUUGUUUGUGGGUAAUGGGCUAGUAUCCAUGUAUGGAAAGUGCGGCCAAUUAGUGGAGGCGCGGGGAGUUCUUGAUGGAAUGGCAGUCAGAGACGUGGUCUCUUGGAAUUCAAUGGUUGCGGGGUAUGCACAGAAUGGGAGGUUUGAUGGUGCAUUGGAGGUUUGUAGGGAAAUGGAGGGUCUGAACCUAAAACCAGAUGCUGGUACCAUGGCUAGCCUGUUCCCAGCUGUGUCUAACGCCUCCUCUGAUAAUGUUUUGUACAUGAAAAGCAUGUUCAUGAAAUUGGCAAAAAGAAGUUUGGUCUCUUGGAAUGUGAUGAUUGCUGUGUAUGUGAAUAAUUCAAUGCCUACUGAGGCAGUGGAUCUAUAUCUCCAGAUGGAAAAGGAAGGGAUUGAACCUGAUGCAGUGUCCAUUUCCAGUAUUCUUCCCGCUUGUGGGGAUAUUUCUGCUCUCCUCAUAGGAAGGAAGAUACAUGAAUAUGCUGACAAGAAGAAACUUAGGCCAAAUUUGCUGUUGGAGAACGCAUUGAUUGACAUGUAUGCAAAGUGUGGAUGCUUAGAGGAUGCAAGGGAAGUUUUUGAUCAAAUGAGGAUACGAGAUGUUGUUUCAUGGACUUCCAUGAUCUCUGCUUAUGGAAUUACUGGGCAAGGGCAUGAAGCUGUGGCGCUGUUUUCAGCAAUGCAACGCUCAGGCUCGAAACCGGAUUCUAUUGCCUUUGUCUCUGUUCUCUCCGCUUGCAGUCAUGGAGGAUUAUUGGAUGAGGGUCGGUAUUUCUUUGAUUUGAUGUCUAAAUAUGGGGUGGCUCCCAGGAUAGAACACUUUGCUUGCAUGGUUGACUUGUUAGGACGCGCAGGGCUAGUAGAUGAGGCAUAUCAUUUUAUCAAGCAGAUGACAAUAGAGCCUAAUGAAAGAGUUUGGGGGGCUCUGCUGGGUGCUUGUCAGGUUUACUCUAACAGGAAUAUCGGACUUAUAGCUGCUGAUCAUCUUUUUCAGUUGGCUCCGGAGCAGUCAGGUUAUUACGUCUUGUUAUCCAACAUUUAUGCAAAGGCUGGAAGAUGGCGAGAUGUGGCAACUGUCAGAUCUAUCAUGAAGAGCAGAGGACUCAAGAAGGCACCUGGUGUUAGCAAUUUUGAGCUCCAGGGUCAUAUUCAUACCUUUCUUGCAGGUGACCAGUCACAUCCUCAGUCCAAGAAGAUCUAUCAAGAGUUGGAUGUAUUAGUAGGAAAGAUGAAAGAGUUGGGGUACGUCCCUGAGACUGAUUCUGCGCUUCAUGAUGUGGAGGAAGAGGAUAAGGAAUAUCAUCUAGCUGUUCAUAGUGAGAAAUUGGCCAUUGUCUUUGCUCUAUUGAAUACUGAGUCUGGGACACCAAUCAGGAUCACCAAGAAUCUCCGCAUUUGUAGGGAUUGCCAUAUUGCUGCCAAGCUUAUUUCCAAAAUAGCUGUACGGGAAAUCAUUGUGAGGGAUACUCACCGGUUUCACCAUUUCCAAGAUGGUGUUUGUUCAUGUGGAGAUUAUUGGUGACCAGAUUCAAAGAAAUAAUUCAAAUUAUGCUUGAGUCCUACGUCAAUAGAGCUUUCCUUAACAUUUUUGGCAAUUUACCGAAGUCCACAGAUCAAGCUUGUAGGGCAUUAGAACAGCAUCAGAAGUUGCGAAAAGUUAGCAUUAAAUUCUUGGGUGGCAACUCCUUGGUUGGCAACUAGAAGAGCUGUAUUGGAUGGUAUUGAGUUCGACAUUGAGCAUGGCCCAAUUCAACACCGGAACAAGGUCACGCGAAAUUUGUCUCACACAUGGCAAGUGAAAGAGGAAUUGAAGUUGUAUCUAUCAGCAGCUGCUCAGAUUUAUGGGAACUACGCUUAAUACAAGAUUGUUUGGCGGUGUUUGGGUUCAGUACUUCAGUUUAACAAUAGUGCACCGCUUCAAUAUAGUUCAGGUAACACCACAAACCUUACAAAACUUCAUUGGAUCCAAUUGACUACAUCCCACAAGGCAGGGAAGGAAUUUAUGGGGCUACCUGAUGCUUACCUGAUGCUCCUAAUGCAGGCCAGUAGCCCCCAUAAAUUGAUGCCGUGCAGUACAAGGUUAUUCCAGGAAAUGUGGUCACUCCUCAUAUUCUCCCGGUGAUAAAGAAGUCACCGGAAUAGGGAGGGGCUGCGCUUCGGUCACAGAACUAUAUAUGAUGACCAGACUGGGUAUGUUCCUGGUUCAGUUUUUAGUGGUGGUUGAUUUUGUAACUGACUUCUGAAGGCUCUGCCUUUGUCUUCUACCCUUUUCUCUUUUGUGAUAAGAUGAUUCAAUGGACGUUAAAGAUCAUUUUAUAGCAAUUGAUUGGGGAAUGAUUUCUCUGAUUUCUUUGAUUUAAGGAAAAUAAGAUUAAAUGUUGAUUCAAUCUUUCUUUUUCUAUGUAUUUAUUUUUGUGGCAAUGUGCC